UAUGAUGGUAGGUUAAACUCGUCUGAAGUAAAUUUGUUAGUUUUUAGGGAUUCGAACCACUUUGCCUUCACGCCGAACCGAGAAGUGACGGUUAGCUGGAAUGCUAACGAGGAAAACAUCUUUUGGAAACUGCCUGAAGUCAAGACAAACUGACUGUCUGGACGAAUUUGAAGGAAAUUUGGAGCCAUCCUGCAGUUGUUUGAAGUAAAACCUCCUCCUGAUCGGCAGAUGACGAGUUCUGGGCUGGACCAGGAGGAGAAGCUGCUUUCUCCUUGGAGACAAACUGAAGCAGACGCAGAUGAGCUAACCUUCGGCCAUAAUGAGGAAUUUGAUCCUGCAAGUGAAGACUUUAAAAGGGAUUUUAAAAACUGUGACUCUUUGCCGCAGGAUUUUAAUAGUCUAAUAAAAGGAGAGGUUAGUGAUUCGGAGAGGCAUCCAGACAUGCGUCAGCUCAGCUGUUUUUUCUGUGCAGCGGAAUUUACAACAGGAGGUCUGCUGACCAUACACACAUCAGGUCACACGGGAGAGAAGCUGCUAACCUGCCUUAUCUGCAAGAAAACCUUCACCUCUGACUCAGAACUUGUUGAUCACGAGUGCAGGUCCCUUAAACAUCCUCAAAGUCGACCAGAAGAGCCGAUUCCAGCUGAUAAACUCUGCUGCUCUCAGUGUGGUGAAGAGUUCUCCACAAGCAAAGACUUAAACCUUCACCUCGGACUACAUUUAGGAAGAAAACAGUUCAGCUGUUCCAUCUGUAACACCAGCUGUAUCGACCAAGAUGCGCUAAUUCUGCACAUGAGGCUCCACACCAGACAAACCCAGUUCACCUGCCAUGUCUGUGGGAAAGACUUUGCUUGGAGGAGGCACCUGACCAAACAUAUGGAGGUGCAUAGGAAAAGGAAGAAGGUCUUCAGAUGUAGAUUGUGUGGUGCUGAAUUUAAUACCUAUUAUAGGCUGUCUAAACAUAAGGCUGUUCAUCAGACAUCAGAGCUUCCUCAGGGUCAGAUGGAGACUAAUGGAGAGAAGGAGGCAGCUGAUGGAGACGAACCGGCAAAAUCAGAAUCUGAUUUGAUAAAAGAGACAAACAUGAAGGUUUCAGUAUCUUUUAAAACUGAAAAUGACUCUUUGACAGACUGUAGACAACUUCUGCUAGAUUCCACCUCUAGCAGACCUAAUAAUGAUCCUAAGACUGAUGAGAACACAUUUCUAAUUGGACAGAUACAGGAGGAGGUGAAGCAGGAGGAUUCCAAGCCUCCACAGAUAAAAGUAGAGGAGGAGGAGACAGAAAUCGUCAGGUUCUCCUUAAGUCCUGGAUCGAUGAAGACUGAAGAAGACGAGAAGAAGUCCCUACCCCGUCCCAAAAACGAGGAGCAGAAUAUCCCUUUGGAAGGAGAACUUUCUGACUCCGACACGGACGACAGCGAUUGUUGGAAGCCGAAAACAGGCUCAAACUCUGAAAGCGAUUCUGGCAAAAAUCCGUCCGGCUUCUCUGAAAACAAACCAUCAGAGUCUCUGGAACCCGAGAGCGACGACAGCGUCGACUUCUGGAAGGACUCCCAGAAGCCACGGUCGAACUCAAACCCGGUGAGACAAGAACCUUCGGAGAAGGGAGUGAAAUAUGUGACGGACUUAAAGCCGUACAGCUGCCCUCAGUGUAGCAAAGUGUUCCGCUACAACUCCUAUCUGAAGAUUCACAUGCAGCAGCACACAGACAGGUACGUCUGUUCUAUCUGUGGACACAGAUCCACCUCAAGUUCAAACCUGAAGGUUCACGUUAGAAUGCACAGUGGAGAGAAACCGUUCAGCUGCUCGGUUUGCGAUAAGAAAUACAGCAACAAGGCCAGCAUGCUGUCCCACAUGUCUGUCCACGAUGCAGAGAGGAAGUACAACUGCGAUAAGUGCAAGAAAAGCUUUGCGUGGUUCACGGAACUCAAAUACCAUCAGUGUGUCGACGAGUCGCCAGGUGAACAAACGCAUGAGGAGGAUGCAAGCAUCAAUCUGAAACGACACACUUUAUACAUCUGAAAUGGUUCAUCUGUGGACGAAUUGUUGCUUUAUUUAAAGUAUUUAUAGAUUUCAAUUCUUUCAUUUAAGAUACAUUUGUUUAAGAAAAGAACAGAAGGGAUAAUGAAAAAUGAAGAUAUUUAACAUUUUUAUGGCCUUUUUUUUAUUCUUGUGAUAAACAAGCUUUUGUUUGCAAAAUUGUUAAUCUUGGAAAAAAAUUACUUUGUUGUUCUCACAAAGAAGCCAAAAGUUUGCAUUAAAACUUGAUGACUUGAGUUAUUCUUCAUUUAUUGUGUUGCAUUCACAAAUGAUCACAACUUUGUUUCUUAGUUUGAAAAUUUGGCAAAUUCAGCAACAUAUAUUUGAAAAACCCAUUCAAUAGUUACCCUUUGGUAAACAGAAUGUAGUUCACACUGUAGCCUCUAGGUGGCAGUAACAACACUCUAAUCUGAGGUGUGUUUGAAAAGUGCUGCAGAGGUUCUGGUCUCAUCUGGUCCCAACAAAAGUUAUUUUCUUGUUUGCAGAGCUGCUGAUGAGCUAGAGCCUCCUCCAUUUUCAACAUAACAGUUCUAGAAAGGUAAACAAAUAACAUAAUAAUUUAGGUUUAACAAACGUAUUUUUCUCAUUCUAUGCAUACAGAUGCAUCAAUUAGCUCCCCUUAUAUUCAAAAAUAUAAUGGAUCAAACAAUAGUUUUAUGCAUUCAUGUGCGGACCAGCUGGCACGUUUUAUAUUUUCCAAACCUAUCCAAAUCAUUUCCUUUAUCUGCCCCAAGUCCCUGCCUGUCUUACAUCCUCUACUAUUGGUGCUCCAAAAAUCAGCCAUAAGCUGCAGCAGCAAUUAUCCACCCUGUUGCCCUGAAGGUUUGCAGACCUUUUCACCAACUAGCCAAAAUAGUUUAGAUUAAGGUGCACUACAU